AUGAAAACUGAGAGUAAUGGCGAAUGUUUAAUUUCUUUUGUGUUGUGGAAGUUGGGUUACUAUUGUAGUAACGAUUUUUAAAGUUUUAUGACUGUUUGGAUGUAUUUAUAGAUGAAACCAAAGAGUUUUUGUUAGCGUAGUUUGUAAUUGAAUAAUCAAUAUCAAAUGUUGGAGUUGCAGACGGCGGCAGACGCAUGAUGCAGUGUGAGUGAGCGUGUGCGUGCGAUGGUGAUGGAGGACACCAGAAACCAUCUCUCCAACAAUCGCAACAAGCAGAGUCAGCCACUGUCCCCCGUCAAACUGCACAAAGUCAAAGGAGGAGGCUUCAACUGCUUUGAGCCGGGCGGAGGACCAGUUGCUACCGAUGGUAGUGAAACCUUGGCCAAGGAGCCUGCCGUCGAUGGAGGCGAAUUGGAGGCGCCCCUGAUCGCGGGAGGGGCAGCGACAGACGGGCGUAGUCCCUCGCCGGCCGAAGAGAGUUCUGCCGGAAAUGCGGGGGCAGCAUCGGUGUGGAGUUUGGCAACGUCGCAUGUGCAGACGGCACUGCGCAUCUCGCAGACGCAUUCCAAGAAGGUGAUUAAACACGCGCUGAGGCAGCAGGCCAAGCGACGCCGCAAAAACACCACCAUUGCUGCCGGCAACUCGGCUCCACUGCCUCGCGUCCACGUCUCCACACACUCCACUAGUGAACCAGAGGCAGAGUUGGACGAUAUCGGACGACAGCCGACCAUGCUUGAGGUGUUGUCAUCAAUUCCCGGCUUCAGCAUUCGACCUCCGCGCAAGCGCACAACCAAGCGACUCUCGGCCGCGGCCCAGCUGGAGCAGACUGCUAAGGAGGGCUGCAUCGACUUGGAGACUCCCGAUUCUGUGCUAGCGAGUUGCUCGAAUCUGCGCGCUCUGUUGAACAAGCACACUUUCCAGCAGCUGCCUUCGCUCUAUCAGCACAAGCUGGUACAACUGCUGCCCCGAGUCGACCGCGCCCCGCCCCACCAUCAAGACUCUGUCUUCAGGUUGAGCGGAUCUGGAUUGAACAAUGAGUUUUUUGCGCGCGCCUGCCAAGAGUGGAGGGAGAGACUGGCGGAGGGCGAAUUCACUCCCGAAAACCAGCAAAAAAUCAAAGCCGAGGCUGAGAAGGAGAAGAGCAAAUUGGAUCCCUGGAAGCUGAAACACUUUGAGCCGAUCUGGGGCGAAAGCAAGAUGGCGGCGGCCACUCCUACUGCCAGCUGUUCAUCAGCUGUUGUGAGCCGUCCCAUGCUGCGCACAACCAUCAAACUGAGACCUGCGCAUACGUCGACCACGCCCACUCCUGUCCCUGCCCCUCCACCGCCACGCCUGCGCACAGUGGGCGCGGUUACGCGUGCCGUCGCCAGCUACCAUCGCGAGAAACGGCAGGCUGAGCAGGCCACCAGUGUUAAACGCCUCAAACCAGAACCAACCAAAGUAUCGCCAAAGAGCGAAAGGCUAGACCAACCAUCACCUGUGCUGACAAGCGAUCAGCUGACUGCAACAACAGAUCAGCUGACUGCAACUACAGAUCAGCUGACUGCAACCACAGAUCAGCUGACUGCAACCACAGAUCAGCUGACUGCAACCACAGCAACAUCACCACAACCACCAAAAACACCAACAUCAGGCAAUCAACUGAUGACAACAGAAGAUCAACUAAGUACAACAGUUGAUCAACUGACAACACCAAUAGCUUGUCAAUUAACGACAACAACCGCUGACCAACUAACGAUUACAACCGUUGAUGAAGUAACGACAAACGUUGAUCAAAUACCGACAACAGAUCACCAUCUAAGGACAACCUUUGACCAACAGGAAAUUACAACCGUUGAUCGAUUUGCGACAACUGUUGAUCAACUACCGACAACAGAUGACCAGCUAAGGACAACCGUUGAUCAAGUACCGUCUACAGAUGACCAACAGAUGUUUACAACCGUUGAUCAACUACCGACAACAGAUGACCAACUAAGGACAACUACCGAUCAACAGAUGUUUACAGACGUUGAUCAACUAACAACAACCGUUGAUCAACUACCGACAACAGAUGACCAACUAAGGUCAACUACCGAUCAACAGAUGUUUACAAACGUUGAUCAACUGCCAUCAACUGAUGAUCAAUUACCGACAACAAAUGACCAACUAAGGACAACCGUUGAUCAACUACCGUCGACAGAUGACCAUCUAAGGACAACCAUCGACCAACAAACGAUUACAACCGUUGAUCAACUGCCAUCAACAGAUGAUCAACUAAGAACAACCACUGACCAACAGACGAUUACAACCGUGGAUCAACUGUCAUCAACAGAUGAUCAACUAAGAACAACCACUGACCAACAGACGAUUACAACCGUUGAUCAACUACCGUCAACGUAUGACGAACUAAAGACGGCCACUGGUCAACUGACCAAUGCAUCCGGUUGUCUACUAGCACAGUACCAAGCUAGGACAACCGACGAUCUGAAAGAGGAGGAAGAGGAGGAGGAGGAUGAGGGUGAGGAGGAGAUGCGAGGCUACGUGACUGUGCCGCAUCCGAAUAGACCCGGUGGUCACGUGACUCUGCCCGUGUGGAACGGAGUGGUCGAGAUUGUCAGCGACAAGGGGGCGUUCGGCGUAAGGGAGGUGGAGGCCGAGUCCAAAGACAACAGCAGCAAUGAUAUUGACUCGUCGUCAGUCACCCAGCAAAGUGGUUCGCCUCCCGCCAAAUCGGAAGAUGUCGUCGAGAUGGUGUCGAGGAAAGAGGUGGAGGGGGAGGUGUUUGCGGGAGUGGAUGCCUCGUGGAUAAUGAAGGACGAGCAUCAUCAUCAUCAUGAGCAGCAGGAUGGAGGGGUGUUUGGGGGGGAGGACCCGUUGAAGGACGAGGCCGCUCUCCUGGCUGCUGCAUGGAACGCUGUCGACUCCACCAGCACUGAGAAGCUGCUGCAAACGCUGCAAAAUAAUGCGGCAGCAGUUGAGGGCGGAGAGGACGAGGUGUCGGUUAUCCCGAUGCAGGAGGAGCUGGAGGUGCGUCUACAGGAGGUGGUGCCCGAAUGGCCGCCGCAGGCCGCAUGCCAAGAGCCGCAGCCGCACGCGACAACGCCGCAGCCGCAAGCGACCACGCUGCCGCCACAGCCGCAGCUGUCUUUGCCGCCGCUACCGCCUCGAUUCGCGUCGCAUGUCAAGCUCGAACUUGAAGUGACGCUAACACCAGAGGUAGACAGCAGUCAGGUGGUGUCCAGUACCAUGGAACACCACACCUCAUCCUCCUCAUCCUCCUCCUCUUCCUCCUCCUCCACCACUUCCUCCACCUCCACCGCCUCCUCCUCCCAGCCAAUGGUGCAGCAGCAACACCACCAAUCAGGAGGCGGAGUAAAGAUGGCGCCGCCCCCGAUGCCGAUAGUGAUUCCGCCGACGACAAUCGUUUGCCUUCCGUCGAGCACCGCCGCCCCGCCGCAUCCGCCGCACCUGGCCUCCGCCCCCCCUGGCCUCGUCAGCAGCAGUGCGCUGCCUUACCUCGCCCUAGCCACCAGCACGCCUGUCCGCCCCCUGCCCUCAAAACCCAACAACAAGGUGAGCGGAGGCAGCAGUGGCGGCCCCCCUUCCGGGCGCAGUUCGCGCAACACGUCGAACAAGCCGCCCCCGGGGGCAGUGAACCUGGAGCGCAGCUACCAGAUCUGCCAGGCGGUCAUCCAGAACAGUCCCAAUCGGGACCAGUUGCGCUGCCAACUGAAGCCGCCCCCAUCCUCGCUGUUGGCCGCCUCUGCCGCCCCCGGCCAAGGCCAAGGUCAGAGACCGCACAAGGUCAUUGCUCGCGGCACAGUGAACCAGAGCGGCAAUAAGACAACGGACAAGACACAGUACAGCGUGGUGACGUCAUCGCGGGGGGGCCUCGCGAAGGGGGUUGUGCCGCCCCCGGGGGGGCCCCAUAAGGCGGGGGCACGCCCCAACGCCAGCCCUGUGCUCGUGAAGCAUGUGUUCACCUCAUCGCAGGGCAUCCCAGUCACAAUGGCGGUGCUACCGCAUGCUUCCAAUGCCGAGCUGGGUGAGAACCAGUACAUCCUGGUGCGGCGGUCGAACAGCGCGCCGCCCGCCAACCCGGAGGCGGGGGGCCAGGGGGGCCCAGGAGGGGUGCGGGGACGGCCAGCGUCGGUGGGCCUGACCGGAGUGCCCGCCGGGUGUGGGUGCACCCUCAAGGCGAUGGUCGAGUGCCGGAAGUGCGGCGCCUACUGUCACGAUGACUGCAUCAGUCCGUCAAGGCUUUGCGUCACCUGUCUCAUCAGAUAGGCCAACUGACGGACGUGGGUGUGGCAUCCUAGCACCUGAUUGGCGUGUCUCAAUCAACCCUUAUCGACGAUUUAGUUGUAGUGUAUGUAACCUGUGGAAGUUAUACCAUUGCAAUUGCCUUACAAAUCUCUUGAAAAUUCUUAUGGAAUCGACCAUAAAGUAGCCUUUUUUACAGCAAUAAUAGAUAUCUAUUGAAUUAAUCAUUUAGCAAGAUAUUUGUUGUUUGGUAGUCAGCUGAUGAAUUUAAUUAUUGAAAACGAAGAAAACUGGUGAUAAUAAUUCAUGUCAUUGAUUUAAAAUGGAUUUCAGAAACUGUAAUCAUGGAAACAGAAUAUGCUUAGGAAAUAAAAAUACAAUUUAAAGCAAUAAGGUUAACAUAUUUAUCUAUAGAGAAAAAAUUAUGAUAGUAUUAUUGAAACAUUGUACCCGUAUUUCACCUAUGGUGAGAUUUCAGUUAAAUGACUUCAGUUAAUGAAUUGAAUAUUAUUGAAAACUAAAAAAAAAACUGGUGAUAAUUCAUGUCAAUAGAUUUCUGAAAUGGUGGUCAUAAAAACGGAAUAUGUUUUGGAAAUAGAUUAAAAUACCAUUUGAAGCAAUAAGGUUGAACAGUUAUCCAUAGAAUGAUGAUAGUAUUAUUGAAAUAUCACCCACACAUCACCCAUAUUGAAACAUUUAUCCAUAGAAUGAUGAUAAUAUUAUUGAAAUUUCACCCGUAUUGGUGAGAUUUACUCCAAUUAAUGAAUUGAAUAUUAUUGAAAACUAAAAAAACUGGUGAUAAUUCAUGUCAAUAGAUUUCUGAAAUGGUGGUCAUAAAAACGGAAUAUGUUUUGGAAAUAGAAUAAAAUACCAUUUGAAGCAAUAAGGUUGAACAUUUAUCCAUAGAAUGAUGAUAGUAUUAUUGAAACAUCACCCACACAUCACCCAUAUUGAAACAUUUAUCCAUAGAAUGAUAAUAUUAUUGAAAUUUCACCCGUAUUGGUGAGAUUUACUCCAAUUAAUGAAUUGAAUAUUAUUGAAAACUAAAAAAACUGGUGAUAAUUCAUGUCAAUAGAUUUCUGAAAUGGUGAUCAUAAAAACGGAAUAUGUUUUGGAAAUAGAAUAAAAAUCUCAUUUAAAGCAAUAAGGUUAACAUAUUUAUCUAUAGAAUGAUGAUAGUAUUAUUGAAACAAUGAACCCGUAUUUCACCUAUAGUGAGGUUUUUCUUCAAAAAUUUUGCAGGGUAUUGAUUGAAUGUGGAACAAUAAUGUUAUAAUUAUGGCCUUACUUAUCAGCGGUCUUAGUGCCGGUUGCACAACAGCCGGUUAGAUUUUAAUUGUGAUUAAUUCCACGAGACCCAAUCAGAGAAGCCGUCUUAACAAAAACGGCCUUAUCGGAUUGGUUCUCGUGAAAUUAAUCACGGUUAAAAUUUAACUGGCUUUUGUGCAACCGGGCCUUAGGAGUGUAUAGGAUAUCUAAAGCUGCCUACAGACUUGAGUGUUUCAUCAGCUGAUGCUUUGUUUAUUAUAUCUGUAUUUGUACAGAAACAGUAAGAUACAGUUAUAAUAAACAUAACAUCAGCUGAUGAAAAGUGGAAGCGUGAGUUUGUGGCGCAUAAGUAUGUACGCAUCUUGAGAUGUAGAUACCCGAGACCGUUCUGACCACAGCCUGCAGAUCGCUCUCUGUGUGUUGAGGUCCUUAUGAUUGCAGACAGUUUAAAGUAAAUCUCACUAUAGGUAGUAACAAAUUAUAUCUAGCUGUCUUAGUGUCGGUUGCACAAAA